AUGCCCGGGGAGCAGCCCCGCCGAGCACCGCCCCCAACCAUGACCCGAGACCUGCAGCCCUGCCAAACAGCGGGUGGCACGGGGGGCUCUGCCCAGCCCCCCGGUGAGGACGGUGCCCCAGCCAGCAGGAGCGCCAAGGCCACGGGCAACAGGGCCCAGGCGGUGGAGCCUCCAGAAUCCCAGCUGUGGCAGGCCGGGGAGGUGGAGCCCAAGGCCCCGCUCCUGAGAACCCAGUCCCUGAGCAGCCCCCCGGGGAAGGGAGGCAGCCCCCGGGCCCCACCGGGGAGGAGCCACACGCAGGCGGUCAUUCAGCAGGCCCGCAGGGCAGACGGCAGCCCCCAGCAGCUCUAUAAUCUGAACAUUUCCGGCUCAAGGGCCAGACCCACCCUGGACAAGACUCCUGAGGGCCCACAGGGCGAGGACCCCGGGCCCCCAGAGGCGAAGGCCCCACCUACCCCAGAAGAGCUCAGUUUCCAGAGGUGCUUCCAGGAGACCCCCUCCAGCUUUACCUCCACCGACUAUACCUCACCGAAUGCCACCUCCGGGCCCCCACCCCUCAGGGCCCCCCCGGGCAGCAGGCCAGCCUCCUACUCGGGAUUCCAGGCCGGCGGGGCUGACAGCUGGCCUCCCACUGUCGAGAACAGCUUCCCAGGUGCUAGAUUCAAGGUCCCUGCGGCCAAGCCGGAGCCCUUUCCUGAAGGGGAUGGCCCCAGGGCGGCCUCCUUCCAGUACCCCUUCCAGGCACUGCACGGGCCUGGCCCGAAACCGUUCCCCGAGGACACAGUCCCACCCGAGUACGGGGAGAGAGCGCUGGUGUUUGCCUUCGGCCAGCCCAGGGGAGCAUGGCCAGAGGAGGCGGUGGGCCCAGGCUACCCCCUGCCUGCCCGGCCCGCUCCCCAACCCCCAGCCUGCUACCCUGGCCGGCCCGGCCUUGACCCCCCCAGUGACCUCGGCUGUGCUCCUCCACAACCUGGUGCUGCUCCCCCAGCCCCCAGCCCCUUCUCGGAGAGCACAGCCACCUUUCCGGACAGUUUGCACAAUAGCCUGACCAAAGCCCUCCCUGAGAGACCGCCUUCGGCCCACGACGACAGGCUGGGAAGCCCCAGGGGGCCCCCAAACUCUCUGUCACAGAGGCACUUUCCUGGGCAGACCUAUGGCAGCCCUGGGGCCAGCGGAGUGGGGACCAGCCCAGGGUCUCUGGACACGGAGCUGGCCACCCCAGGGCCCCUGCCUACCAGACUGCCCCAGCUGUGGGACCCUGCUGCAGCCCCUUACCCCACACCUCCCCUGGGCCCCCCAGCCACUACCAGGAACGCCUUCUUUGAAGGCCAGGCCAGCCUGGGCCCACGCCUUGGCCUCCCCCGGAGCCCCCCGCUGCCCUGGCCGCAGGUGCUCCCAGCCACCGGGCUCAGCCACCACCGCAUGGAGGUGCUGAGCCAGCUGCCUUUCCCCGCAGGGACCCCCGAGUGGCAGGGGGGCAGCCAGGGAGCCCUGGGUGCUGCCGGCAAGACUCCCGGGCCCGUGGAGAAGGUGGCUGUUCUGAGAAACAGCCCAGGCCGGCACGGUGGCGGCUCCCCGGGCCUGUUUGCCUACAACGGGCUGAAGGACCCCGGAGCCCAGCCCCUGUUCUUUGGGGUGGCCCAGUCCCAGGUCUCACCCCGGGCGACCCCCGGCCUGCCCCCACCCAGAGUGGUGGGCGCCUCUCCCUGCGAGUCCCCGCUGCCCUCACCUGCCACCAACACGGCCAGCAACAGCUCCUGUUCCUCGCUGUCCCCGCUAUCCGGCAGCCCAGCCAACCCCAGCUCGGAGGAGAGCCAGGCCCCUGGCCCACGCGGGCCCCCCGCCUUCUUCCACGGCCCCGCUCACCCCCCAGAGACCAGCAGCCCCUACCCGUCCCCCGAGCCCCCACACACCGUCCCCAUGCACUACCAGCCAGAGCCCACCGGAGCCUUCCCUUUCCCCGCCGCGGAGGGGCUGGGGGCCGAGGGCACCUUCAAAUGCCUAGAGGAGGCCCCCUUUGCAGGCUCAGGCCCCGAGGUGGGCAGCGGCGGCGGGCUGGAGGGCUUCCCCCGGGAGCCACCCCCCUACCCCGCCCACCACUUCCCCCUGAGCAGCGCCAGCCUGGACCAGCUGGACGUGUUGCUCACCUGCAGGCAGUGUGACCAGAACUACAGCAGUCUCGCCGCCUUCCUGGGCCACCGGCAGUUCUGCCGCGCGCUCCUGGCCAGGGCCAAGGACGGCCUCCCCGGCCCCCCCGCUACCCCCAAAGCCCCAGCUGGCGGGAACCCCAGCCUGCUCAGCCACCCCAAGACGGGCCCCUUCCUGCUAGGUGGGGACCUCCGGGCCGACAGCAAAGAGGACCCCCUGAGGACCAGCUUCCUGCCCGGCCUGGCCACCGCCCCCUUCCCCCUCCCUGCCGCGGACCUGGACCCCGAGGACGACGCCAAGCUGGACAGCCUCAUCACCGAGGCGCUCAACGGCCUGGGGUACCAGUCGGACAACCCUGAGAUCGACAGCAGCUUUAUCGACGUCUUCACUGACGAGGAGCCUUCGGGCCCCAGAGGUCCUGGUGCCGGGCAGCCCCCCAAGACCAGGGUGGGGACAAUGCCGGAGAACAAAGCCCAGCCCCCGUUCCGGGGCAAGGCCGCCCCGCAGGAGCCCCAGGCCCCCUGCCCUGGGAAUGCAGGCUGCCUGGCCCGCAGCCGGCCCAAAACCCGCUCCCUGGGCCCAGCACCCACGGAGGCUGACGGGGCUGGCCUGGCCAGCCAGCAGAGGAGAGGGAAGCGGUUUAAGUUGUUGCAAAAAGAUCUGAACACGUCCAGUUCCACCAAGAGCCGGAAGGGCCCCCUAGCCGCUUGCCUGAGGCCAAGGAGGAAAAGCCCCGGGGCUGAGGCACCUCUGCCCCGCCCCCGGGACCUCAGGACCCCCGCUGCCAGGAGCCUCGCAGCUCCUGCCAGGCAGGCCCUCCCAGUGGAGACCAGGAGCUCGCAGCGCCUCCGCCUGUCCCCGGGGCAGGACUCCAGGAGGAGGCGGCUGCGGGGCGGCACCUGGAGCAAGGAGCUCAUCCACAAAAUCGUUCAGCAGAAGAACAAGCACCACAGGCGGCCAGGCCAGCGCCUCCCCCUGGGACCCUCGAGGCCGGCGCCCAGCAGCACAGAGCAGGGGCUCCCAGAGCUCACCUGUGCCUCCGAGUCCGAGGAGGAGGACCGCUCGCGGCCGCACCCGCACGGCUCCCGUCUCCGAGGCCGGCCCCGCCAGGGCUGCCGGCGCUGGCGCCGAGGCACGAAGCGGAAGGAAGUGGACGUGACCCCGGGUCCCAAGGAGGAUGGGGGGCUGCAGAAACCCAGGACGGUCGUGCGGCAGGAAGCCACCCAGGUCAGGGGCUCCCCCAGCCCUGAGGAGGGAGCCUCCAAGCAUCUCCUGCAGGUUCCUGCCAGCGCCAAGACCCCAGAGGAGAACCGUCUGGCACUAGACUCCCCCGGGGAGACCAAGCACCCCGGAACUGCUGAGGAGCUCCCCCCAGAUGCCACAGAACUCCCCAGAGAGCCUCCGAGCUCUUCUCCAGCCUCCUGUAGGGAGGGGAGCCCCUGCCCCCCAGCCCCGGAGCCACCGGAGCCGGGCAGAGAGGACCCCCAGGUGUCCCAUGGGAGUCUGCCGGGCGCUACCCAGUGCACGGAGCCACCCAUCUCCCGGGACACAGAGGACCCCCCUGCCUACCCACCAGGAGAGCUGCUGGUGCCGGUCACUCACGCCGCUGACACCGCCUACCUUGAAUCGGGUGCCCUCUUUUUGAAGACCCCUGAUCUUGGCUGCGGCCCUGCUCUUCUUAACGGAGACUCUGUGGGGCUUCCACUUGCCAAAAAGGGGCCCCAGCCCUACAGCAGCCUCCCUAGCAAAUUGUUCCUCGGACCCAAAGACUUGCCUGGCUGUCUCCAAGAAGACCUCUACUCCAAGUCCUUAGCUCCAGAUGCUCCGCCGGCCGGCGGCACGCGCCUGCCCCAGGACGGUGUGGACGCCAGUGCCCUCGAGCCAAAACCACCCAGGAGUACACCCUACGCCACCCACGGGGGCCCCAGCAAAGCCGAAUCACCGCUGACUUUGGAGCCCACACCACUCUUCCCGGGGCUGCCUGUGGGCAGAUUUGACCCGCCCGCCUACAGCAGCCUGUCUAGAAGCAGAGACACCCACUCCCUGUUGGUGUGCGCAGACCCUCCCCCAAGGAGACCCCAGUUAGAGCCACCAUACUCCCCGCUUCUGCCCAACAAGAGCUGGUCCCUGCUGGAGGAGUCCCCAAUGCUGGCCAGCCACAUGGGUCAUCUUCCUGACCUCCUGGGGGAAAAGGCGUUCAGUAGGAGGUGCCCCGGGGAAAGGGCAGUGGCCACCAGCCCUCCACUUCUGCCUGGCAAGCUCAGCGAAUGUGGCCUCACUUUUAUGGGCAACCUGUCCGAAGAUGAGUUAGAAAUCAAAAGACUGGUCGCCGAAUUAGAGAGUCAGCUGCAGAGUAAAGGGGUGCCCGAGGCCCCAGAACUGCCUUGCGCGGCUGGGCAGGCGGGCAGGACGCACGCGGGCACAGGGGCCCCUCUGUCCACGCACCAGGCCGCCUCGCCCCCCGGGGACACCUUGUCCGAGGCCGACCUCACCGGCCUUGGGGAGUUGACUCCAUGCCCAGAAGGGGCAGAAACAGCAGUGGCCACCAGGGAAGGGGGGCCAGGGAGCACCCGGGAGGAGUGGCCCUCCCCCCACCCAGGAGAAGCAGCCCUUUCCCCCCCUGCGCAUUCAGAAGGGGCGUCUGGGGCUCCCGGAACCCUCCGUGGGGCUGACCGCAACUUCCAAGCAGUACAGAGAGCCAGAGUCUCGGAGACAGGGCCCCCCAAGCCCGAAGGGGACUGCGGGGUCCACGCGGAAGUCUCUCUGCCCGGCUCUGGGAAACUGUUCAAGCCUCCACUGGACGUGAGGAGCUUAGCCAAGUGCAGCCCAAGCCGUGAGCCGUUACGUCUGAAAAAUAACGGGGCUGCCAAGAUGCAGCCAAGCCACACCCUGCUACUGCCUCCCUGCUCACAGGCAGGUGGGCCCUGCCAAGAGCCCCCUGAGCGGGAAGCGUUUGGCAGCCCACUCGCCCAUCUGGCACCCGGCUUGGUGCCUCAGGGGGCCACCCCGUCUUGUGGUAUCAGUCAUAGUGACACCCCCAAAGGAUACUCUGUAAGCAGGGCAAGCCAGCCAGAAGGAGCAGGCCUCCCCCACGCUGGGGCAGGGGGCACUGGCCUUAAGGGUAAUGAGGAGUCUGUAGCCGUGGGGGCCUCCCCAAGUCCUGCCUGCAUGCCCAACAGCAGUCCUGGCAGGAGGCCCCAGGACCCAGCCACGAGCCCCCUCCGUCAACUGCAGCUCUUGGUGGCCAGAGCAGCUGGGAAGGAAGAGGACGCCCUGGGCUCACAGGGGCCCCCACCUGCUGACACCCAGAGCCCUCGGUGCAGUGAGCCUUCAGAUCUAGAAGGGGACAGCGUGGAAGGUGGGGACGUGGCCUGCAGCCCCACCCAGGAUGUCCCUGCAGCGGCCAGAUGUCAGUUGGCGCCUGAGGCUGAUGGACAUCUGGACUCCCUCAGCCAGGCUGAGAAGCCCGAGGACCAAGACAGAGCCAGCAGACUGCAGCCAGAUAAGUGGGGGAGUCCAGUGGGGCUGGACAACCUCCUCAUGGUCAGUGCUGAUGGUGAGACUGCCCUGGACCACCUAGGGGGACAGCUCCAGGGAAACGGCCUGGUCUUGGGCCUUCAAAAAGAGGCCUGGGCCACCCCAAGCCCUACCUCGCCUGAUGCAGAAUCUUCGGUACCGGCCUUGGUAGCAGCCCACGUCCAAAAUGGGCCUGAAGCCUGGACUUCAGAGGAGGCGGCCAGCCCAGGCCUUGAGAAGCAGCCGCUGCUCGCUGGAGACAGCCCUGCUCCCCACAUCGGGGACCUGACCACCUGUGUCCCCUUGCCUGCUUCUGCAGCCACCUCCAUUCCCUUCGGCCUGGAGCCCUUGCCCCAGGAAGACCCUCCUACGGGACCUUUGGGUGGGCUGAGGGGGCUGCUGCCAGCCGCUCCGUCCUGCGGGGAUCCCGCCAGCCCGCAGCCCCUCCCAGCCCCUUCUCCUGCCCGGCCCGCUCCGCAAAGGGCCGACGGCACCCCAGCCAGCACAGACGCUGGGGCCGGGCCACCUGCAGCAGCUCCCCCAUCUUUGAGGACAAGCCCCUGUGGCUUCAAGGAAAGCCUGGCUCACCACCCCCUCCUAGGGAACCACGGCCCCCUGCAGGACCCUCCCUCGGGCCAGCCUGGCUUCAUCAGUGUCUUCACUCCUGCCCAGGGGGAGGACCGCCCUGAAGGCAGCAUGUCAGGACCUCUAGAGAGUUCCAGAAAGGAGAAGCCAAGGAGCUGUCCUGCCUCUGUCACCUGUUCUCCCCCCGUGAGGCCCACCUCCCCGAGAGGGACCAUGAAUGCCCCUGCCCUGCCCGACGUUCCCACCACAGAUGGCACAGGGCCAGUCAGAGGCCCCGGGGUCAACCAUCCAGACCGCCACGGCGGGGGAGCCCCACCCCACACCAGCCCCAGCAGGAUGCCCACGGGCCCCGUCUCCCCAGACCCCCCAGGGAACGGGGAAGGCCAGGGUGUCACCGCUGUGCCCGCUGACCCUUCCACACGGGGGCCCAUGGGGCCAGAUUCCUGGGCCUGCCAGGAAGGCGAGGCGGGGGCCAGCUGCUCUGGAGCCAUGACGGCCCCUGGAGCUGACACCACAGACCCCGCCAUCACCUGCCCGUCCACGGAGCUCCGCCGGGGCAGAACCACAUCUCCCAGCAGCACAGCCCAGGACUCCAGACCCAGCUCCCCCCAGAGCGUCAGAACUGUUCACUGCACACCCCAGAGGGACCCCCUCAGUCCGCAGGGCACCAGACAGAAGCCUGUGUCCACAGACACUGGCCCCCGGGAGGACCGGGCCCCCGGCAGGCGGUCUGCGACCUGUGAAGUGUGCGCAGCCUCCUUCCGCUCCAGGCCGGGCCUGAGCCGCCACAAAGCCAGGAAGCACAGGGGGCCCCCCACCCCGCCCGGCCCCCGGCCCCAGGCGUGCCAGCCCCCCGGGAAGGAAAGCCGCAGGGCAUCUGGGAAGAAGCCAAAGCAGGCGCAGAGCGGUCCCAGCCAUGCCAUUGGGCCGCGUCCUGACCGGGGUGCAGAGGCUUCUGAGGACGCGUCAGGCCCUCAGACGGCCAGGGGACUCCGUGCGGGGGACACCCUAGGCUGCUCCCCCAGCCGGGAGCCACACCCCCCAGGCCCGGCCAAGCCAGGAGUGGACAUGAGGCCUGCAGAGCCCAGGAAGCAGGGCCAGCUGGUGAGGGACAAGCGCAGUCCCAAACAGGCAGACCAAGGAGGCAGCCAGCGGCGGGGCAGGGUGCCCGAGGACGUCCCCAGCAAGUCGGAGGGGAAGUCGCAGGAGGAGGGCAGAAAGCCCAGAGCAAGAAGGUUCCGGAAGGCGAGGAGUCCUCCAGUCUGUCCAGGUGUGAUUUCAGACAGAAGCCGCCGGGGUCCAUCCACAACCGCCAGUCCCCCGGGGCCUCCAGGCGGCCCCCUCUCAGCGCGGGCCCAGCCGGACGCCGACGCCUCCUGGCCCUCGGUGACGGAGAACACAGUGGACACAGACCCAGAGGAGACGCCAGCACAGAGGUCACCCGGGGAUUGGAUGGCCCGUGCGGAGGGGAUGCAGUGGGCGCCUCCUGGAGACGGGCCGGGGGGACAGAAGAUAGCUGUGGCCAGGGGGUGCUGGGGACCCAGGGAGGCUGGAACAUUGGAUGUCUACAAAGAGCUAUCGUGGGCAGCCGGGACUGAGCCUGCAGGGGACCGCAGAGCAGCGGAGAGCAGGUCAGGGCAAGGAGUCGGGGAGGGGCACAGACGCCCCGCAAGCCCCCCAGGCCCUCGGGAGACUGGCAGCUGCCCCCCGAGCCCCCUGCACAACCCAGAAGCGCAGGUCGGGGUCCAGGAGCGUGCGGGCGCCACUCCUGAAGCCCCCAGCCCGGGUCUCGGGGACUCUCUGAGCGUGUUUGAUGACGAAGCCUCCUUUUCGCAGCUCUUCCCUCUGGGCGACCGCUUGACUCGGAAGAAGAACCCCCGUGUCUACGGCAAGCGCUGUAAAAAGCUGAGGGCCCCGCCCCCGCUGGAACCCCACGGCGAGGUGGGGAGCAGCGUCAUGCUGGCCUCCACCCGCCUGCCCACAGACCUCAGCGACUCGGGCUCACUCUGCCUCUCCCACGAGGACCCGUGGGGUGACGAGGCCACGGGUCUGCCAGAGUCCUUCCUGCUGGAGGGCUUCCUGAGCAGCAAGGUGCCCGGCAUUGACCCCUGGGCCCCCAGCCCCAGCCUGUGGGCCCUGGAGGCCAACCCAGAGGUGGACUGUGCGGAGGGCGUGCCCCCCCGCCACACUGAGGACCACCGGUCAGAGAACAUUCCCGAACUGCACAUGGUCCCGGCCUCUUGGCGAGACCUGGACCUGCAGGCCCCCGCCGAAGGGAUGGCCUCUUCUCUAGGAGACAAGAGCCCAGAGCCCCCCGACCUGGAGCAAGAACGCUACGACUGUGGGCUUCCCGGGAACGCUGUGGACCUUGAGAUGCUCAGCGCCAAACUGGAGGUGCGAGACCUGUGCUUCCUGACGCCCUGUGACGACCCCGUGGGUGUCCUCAGCACGAGCUUCCUGGACUUCGGGGCCACGGUGAGCCCCCAGGAGCCGCAGAGCCCAAGGGUGGCGGGUGCAGCUGGGGCAGGAGGGGCGCCGGGCAGGGAGCAGCACGCCAAGGCCAGGAGGGCGUCCUACAAGUGCAAGGUGUGUUUCCAGCGCUUCGGUGGCCUGGGCGAGCUGGACCUCCACAAGCUGGCCCACAGCCCCACGCCACCCCCCACCUGCUACAUGUGUGUGGAGCGCAGGUUCGGCUCCCGCGAGUUGCUGCGGGAGCACCUGCAGGAGAAGCACGUGCAGAGCAAGGCGGGGCGCUGGGCCUGCGGCAUGUGCCUGAGGGAGGUCGCCGACGUCUGGAUGUACAACGAGCACCUGCGGGAGCACGCCCUGCGGUUCGCCCGCAAGGGGCAGGGGCGAGGGCCCCUCGGGGACUGGGAGGGGGGCCGAAGUGUCGCUCGCUUCCUGGGCAGCAUCACGGGACAGGCGUCCAGACCCAGUGGGGGCAGACGGUCGACGGGCAAGUCCAGCGGGGGCCCCGCAGAGGCGUCCGGGAGACGGCAAGGGCCCGGGAAGGACUUCCAGAGGGGCAGGGUGGAACCCAAGCCUCCUACCCACGACCCACCGGACAGGGCUUUGGCUGACAGCAGCCCGACGGCCUGCGGGAACCCCAGUCUUCCCAGCGGCCCCUGCAAGACGUCCCCCAGCCUGGCCCCUGAGCCCUGCUCCGGCAGCGAGCCGCUCCUGCAAGCCCUCCCCGUGCACCAGGGCUGCAAAGACCCGUCCCGGGACUGCCACCACUGUGGAAAGCGGUUCCCCAAACCCUUCAAGCUGCAGCGCCACCUGGCGGUACACAGCCCUCAGCGCGUCUACCUGUGCCCCCAGUGCCCACGCGUCUACCCGGAGCCCCAGGCGCUGCGCGCGCACCUGGGCAGGGCGCACGGGGUGCGGGGGGAGCUGGAGCUGCCGCACACCCCGCUCUACGCCUGUGAGCUCUGUGCCGACGUCACGCACAUCAGCAAGCGCUCCUUCGUUUGCAGCUCCUGCAACUACACCUUUGCCAAGAAGGAGCAGUUUGACCGCCACAUGGACAAGCACCUGAGGGGCGGGCAGCAGCCCUUCACGUUCCGCGGCGUGCGGCGGCCUGGCGCCCCCGGCCAGAAGGCGCCGGCCCGCGAGGGCACCCUGCCCAGCAAACGGCGCAGGGUGGCGGCGCCCGGCGCCAACGGGCCUCUGUCCUGGGGCCGCAGCCCCCCCCAGAGCGAGGGGUCACUCGCAGCCCUGCUCCAGCCCUGCCCAGAGGCGGCUCCUGGCACGACCAAGGGGCAGCCCAGGACCCCGGAGAGGCCUGUAGAGCCCGUGGCCCACCCGGUCACAGGGGGUGACGUGCCCUCUGACCUCCAGGAACUGCCGCCCCCAGCUCUGUCUCCUUUCCCAGCAGCCUCCGCUGACGGUCAAGGUGUCCACAAGCCGGAUGGGGCCCUGGGGAGGUCUGAAGGUGAGGCUUCUCCGGGCAGCUCUGGGCCUCUUCUCCAGCAGGCUCUCCCGCUGGGGGGGUCUGUGCCCCGGCCGGGGGCCAGAGGCCAAGAUGUAGAGGAAAAGAGGGCUACUGGCCCAUUCUCAGGGAAACGCAGGACCCCGAGUGCCCCUGACCAUUGCCUGGAAGCCCCCUCCCUGCUCCAGAAGGAGAAGCAGGUGUCCACAGGCCACAUGGUGCCUGAGGGGGGCACAGGGGGCCCCUCCCACAAGGGCAGUGCCAUCAAGCCUUGGGGCUGCCGGAGUUCGUCAAAGGACAGGUUGGCUUUGCUCACCCCCAGCAAAGCUCCCAGGUUCCCGGUACAACCGAAGAAGGUCGCGGCCAGUCCGACACCCAGAGAGCUUGCCCAUGGCACUGAGGACAGGCCAAAGCCCACCACCCUCAAAGCCAAGCCGAGCCCCAACUCCCAGGGCGGUGGAGGCCCACGGCACAGCACCAAGACAGCAGGGGGCAGCCAGCCCCAGCCAGCCAGCGGGCAGCUCCAGAGUGAGAGGGCCACCACUCCAGCCAAGCCCAACUGCCCAGGCCAGGGCCCCGCCCCAGACAAGCACCCUCCUCGAGCCAAGGGCUCUCCCAAGGGGCCAAGGGAAGCCAGUGACCAGGGGCCCCGAGGGAGCCCGGGCACCAGGGAGGACAGGGAGGUCAGCGAGAAGAAAAGGAAGGGCCGGGCCCCGGGGCCAAGCAGGAGUGACAGUGUGGGGAGCUUGGGGAGAGCCCGGUUGGUCCCUGAAAAGCCGCCCCGGGCCCCCCGAAAGCAGGCGACACCCAGCCGUGUGCUCCCCACCAAGGCCAGGCCCGGGAGCCGGAACAGCACAAUGCCACCCCAGCACUCGGAGCAAGGGCAGGUGGGCCCCAGACACACCCACGGGGACUGCAGACGCAGCAAGGAGGGGCAGGGCAAGGCCUGCCCCCAGGGGAGACCCCUGCACAGACCCCCCAAGAGGGACAGAGCUGUCCACGGUGCUGAACCUGCCGACCCCCGUGCCUGCAGGACCGCUGCGUCCCAGAACGACCUCCUCAGCCAGCUCUUUGGGCAGAGACUGACCAGCUUCAAGAUCCCGUUAAAGAAGGACCCUCCCGAGUAA